AUGCGGCGGUGGUUGGUGGGAGUCUUGCUGGCACUUCUCGCUGCUAGAGCAACGAGUUGGCCGUAUGAUCCGCAGUUUGAGGGAUAUAACCUCAACGAAAAUAAAUCCGCCAUAAGCCCCGCAGACUAUUACGGAGAAUGGUCGGGACAUCAAUACCACCCGUCGCCGGAUAACUGGCGCUUUCCAUUCUACAGCUUGUUCCUAGAUCGAUUUGUGAAUGGCGACCCGACAAAUGACAACAUUAAUGGCACAUCAUACGAACAUGAUUUGAACUCGAAUCAGAUGCGUCACGGGGGAGAUGUAGCUGGUCUGAUGGAUACGUUAGAUUAUCUCCAGGGCAUGGGAAUAAAGCAUUUUGGCACUAUUGAAUCAUUUAGAAUGACUAUCACUGAAAUUCAUAGGCGCGGCAUGUACGUUAUCAUGGAUAACACAUUGGCGACCUUGGGCGACCUUAUCGGCUUCAAAGGACAUUUGAAUGGUACAACACCGUUUGACACCAACGAGCAUCAGGUGGUUUGGAAGUCUAGCCGUCGAUACGCGGAUUUCCGUAUCGGCAACGAAUACAAUGAGACCUGUGAUUAUCCAAGGUUUUAUUGGGAAAAUGGUUACCCUGUCGGCACUGAUGUUACCGACCAACUGAUUGGCUGCUAUGAUAGCGACUUUGAUCAAUACGGUGACAUCGAAGCUUUUGGAGUCUACCCGGAUUGGCAACGUCAGCUCUCAAAAUUCGCUUCAGUGCAAGACCGUCUCCGUGAAUGGAUCCCUUCUGUCAGGGAACGGCUCAUGAGACACUCGUGUAUUCUGAUGCGACAGCUUGAUAUUGAUGGGUUCCGCUAUGACAAAGCCCUGCAGGCUACAGUCGACGCACUAGGGGAUAUGAGCGAGCACUAUCGUGAAUGUGCCAGGAGCCUGGGGAAACACAACUUCUUUCUUCCUGGUGAAAUCACGGGCGGAAAUACUCUUGGGGCUAUAUAUAUCGGGCGAGGACGUCAACCGAACAUGCUGCCAGAUUCAUUGGAGGCCGCAGUAAAGAUGACGCACAGGUCGAACGAAAAUUAUUUCAUCCGCGAGCAGGGUAAAUCUGCGCUGGAUGCUGGUGCAUUCCACUAUUCGGUCUAUCGUUCUUUGACCCGGUUCCUUGGUAUGGACGGUAACCUUGCCGCGGGGUUUGACACCCCCGUUAACUGGGUAGAUGCUUGGAAUGAAAUGAUCCUCACAAAUGACUUCGUUAAUUCCCAAGGGCACUUUGAUCCGCGCCAUAUGUUCGGGGCAACGAAUCAGGAUGUUUUCCGCUGGCCUACAAUUAGAGAAGGGACGCAGAGAAUGUUGUUAGCAUUCUAUAUUACCACACUUCACCUACCUGGCAUCCCAUUACUGCUUUGGGGUGAAGAACAAGCGUUCUACGUUUUGGACAAUACCGCUCAGAACUAUAUCUUCGGUCGGCAGGCCAUGUCUCCAGCAACAGCUUGGCAAACUCAUGGUUGCUACAAGCUCGGCUCUCAGCAAUACUAUCAAUGGCCCAUUGAAUCUGGUAAAUAUGGGUGCCAUGACGAGACGGUUAGUUAUGACCACCGAGAUCCAUCUCACCCAGUACGCAAUAUUUUGAAAACAAUGUAUCAAAUGAGGGAGAACUACCGGACGUUGAAUGAUGGAUUUUUCAUUCAGCAACUUUCAAACCAAACGUGGCAAAUUUUUCUUCCCGGCUCAAAUAAUACACCGACAGAGACUGGAAUGUGGUCCGUCCACCGUGGUCGUUUUGAGACUGCCCAAGAUUUUGGCAAAGAAUCAAAUCUCCCGGUUUGGCUUGUUUAUCAAAACUACAACAAAACCCACAAGUACGAAUUCGACUGCUCGGACGAAAAAAAAGCUCUAAUAUCUAACUUUGAUAGCGGCACUACUGUCAAAAAUUUGUUCUUCCCAUUUGAUGAACUUACUCUGAAAAGAGGCCCCAAGAAGCUGGGGAUUGAGCAAUCUCGGGAAUUCAAUGGGUGCCUUGACAGCCUCGAAUUGAAACCGUGGGAUUUUAGAGCCUACGUUCCUAGGGAGAGAUUCAUUCGGCCACGUCCUAUGGUCACAAAGUUCUCUCCCGGACACGAUGCGCGCCUGCUAUCGACAGUUUCUCCCGAUAAAGAUGAAAGAGUUCCCAUUGAGCUUUAUUACUCCGAAGCGAUGGAUUGUAAUAGCGUGACCGCGAGCAUUACACUCAAUUCAACCACGGAUAAUGGUAAAAUACCAUCCAUUGACUAUAGUACUGUCCAGUGUCAAAGCCUCAACCCCCAACCAACGAAAUACAUUGGUGAACUCCCGAAUUUCUGGCGAUGGUCUGCCACUCUCGUUGGUGUUUACAAUGGAGUACAUCAGUUAUCAAUCAAGGAUGCCCUAAGCGCUGACCGCCGCACCAAUACGUCUUCGAUGGAUCAUUUCCUUUUCCGCAUUGGGCAAUCAGACAACCCUAUGGUUUUCACUCGAGCGGCAAAUUACUCAUCGAGUUUUCUACAUACGGACAAAAGAGGUAGCCUAUACGUGUCUCAUCACGCCGCUGGGGCGGACCUUUACAGGUAUUCCUUAAAUUGGGGUUCAUCGUUUUCGGAUUGGUUACCUUACACGGGUGGCAACACUACUCUCGAACGCCAGCCCUGGUCAGGCACGAAAUUGCAAAGGUGGAAAGGCGAACAUGUUAUUGUUGAAUAUUGGAAUCGUAUGACAGGAAGUAGUUCCCAUGUCCAACAUGGUGACCUUGAUUGGCCUCACAACAAACCACGAAGAUUCCCUCAUCUUUAUUGGAACGGCCCUUAUAACCAAUAUGGCUAUGAUGCUGGACUCAGAAACCAUAUGGUGCAGGAUGAUAAGGGGAUAUGGCGAUUCAGAUUCAUGACGGAGUGGCCAGCGUUAGCUCAAGUCAAUGUUUGGGGAAUUAACCCAGAUGGCAAACCGGAUCAAACAUUCGUAUUUGGUGACAUAGAUGGCGAUUCUGUGUUGGAUCGCUUACCGCCGUCUUCCCUUUCGAAUAUUGUCAUAAAUAUUACGAAUCCCCCGCCACACCCCUAUCUUUCUUGGCUGUUUUUAUUGAAUGACGGAACACUUCAUUUCGAAUUGUACCCAAUCGGUAAUCAAUACCACCAGUUGGCCUUGUAUAUCCUCCUCUGGGUUAUACCUAUUCUAACUGCUGCGAUUGGUAUCUACGUAUUCAAGAAAUCCUUUUAUCAAGUGAAAUUUAACCAGGUCGGAAUUAGUGAUAAAAGAGGCUUCAUUCCUCUCGCUAUCAGACGGAAGUUUAAUAAGCGAGUUCUUGAAGAAUCCCACUCUAUGAAUCCGCUGGUUAAGCUGGCGAACAAGUCUCGAUUUUUACAGUCGACUUCUGCGCUAGUUGCAGAUUCGGGCAGCAGACGUACCACUCUAAUAGCCACCCUGGAAUAUCACAUUCAAGAUUGGGGCAUCAAAAUCAAGAUUGGAGGUUUGGGUGUGAUGGCUCAACUAAUGGGAGAGCAUCUUGGACACCAGAACCUGAUCUGGGUCAUCCCCUGUGUGAGCGGAAUUGAUUAUCCGAUUGACCAAGUUGCCGAGCCUAUGACGGUGACUGUGCUUGGGAAUCCAUACGAGGUUAAGGUUCAGUAUCAUGUUGUUAGGAAUAUCACCUAUGUUCUUCUCGACGCACCUGUUUUCCGACAACAAACCUCAGCUGAGCCAUAUCCAGCCCGUAUGGAUGAUCUCGACAGCGCAAUUUACUACUCCGCUUGGAAUCAAUGUAUUGCUUUCGCGAUCAAAAGAUUCCCUGUUGAUUUGUACCAUAUUAACGAUUAUCACGGUUCUCUUGCGCCAAUAUAUCUCCUGCCUCAGACGAUUCCGAUUUGUCUUUCCUUGCACAAUGCUGAAUUCCAGGGCUUAGUGCAUCCGCUAUGUCAGUUCGGGAGUAUUCAAUUGCUUCAUGCUGGCGCAAGCUAUCUGCGUAUUCACCAGCAGGGCUUUGGAGCAGUGGGCGUCUCGAAGAAAUACGGCAAACGCUCGUAUGCACGAUAUCCGAUUUUUUGGGGUUUAAAGAAAGUCGGCACGCUACCAAACCCCGAUCCAUCGGACACUGGUGAAUGGAACGGAGAAUUGCCCAACAAAUCUGAUAUUGAUGUCAAUCCACAAUUUGAAGCCGAUCGACUAGAGCUGAAAAGGCAAGCUCAGGAAUGGGCAGGUCUUGAUCAAAACCCGAAUGCAGAUUUGCUAGUCUUUGUCGGGCGUUGGUCGAUGCAGAAAGGGAUCGACCUCAUUGCCGAUGUUUUCCCUGCUAUUCUGGAAGCACGCAAGGAUGUUCAGCUACUAUGCGUCGGGCCAAUUAUCGACCUUUACGGAAAGUUUGCUGCAUUGAAACUUGACAAGUUGAUGAAACUUUAUCCUGGCCGUGUUUUCUCUAGACCUCAGUUUACUGCUCUCCCGCCGUUUAUUUUCAGUGGCGCUGAGUUUGCCUUAAUUCCAUCUAGGGAUGAGCCUUUCGGAUUGGUAGCUGUCGAGUUUGGUCGGAAAGGCGCUCUCGGCAUUGGCGCACGGGUGGGUGGCCUUGGGCAAAUGCCGGGCUGGUGGUAUACCGUUGAAUCUACAACCACUAGUCAUCUACUCAAUCAGUUUAAAUUGGCGAUUGACAGUGCACUGAACUCGAAAUAUGAGACGAGAGCCAUGAUGCGUGCGAGGUCAGCAAAACAGAGGUUUCCUGUUGCCCAGUGGGUGGAAGACCUGGAAAUCCUUCAAAGUACAGCGAUAAGGAUCCAUAACAAAGAAUCUGCCAAAUCAACUGGGCAACCUCAUUAUACCCCUUCUGCAUACAGUUCGUCCGGAAUACUGGGCUCUCCAAUUGGGCUUGGAAGCAUGACCCCCGUGUCUCCAAUGUCGCAGUCUCGUAAUCAGAGUUGCAUCAACACCAACAGGUUGAGCGCUUUUGGGCCACAAGCGAGAAAUACUGUUGUUUACCACCAGGAAGUCUGCCCAGGUGCCGAUAUCGACAAUGAAAAUCAACCGACCGGUCUCAGCAGGAAGCUCUCUCUCGGUGUGCGGUCUGGCCCUGGUCAUACGCGAGCGGCACCUCGCAUGCCACGAAAAUUGCGGAAAAUCCUGGCUCCAAUGGACCUUCCGGAGAAUGUCCAUGAAAACGAACCGGACCGCCUUGGUGUGGCUGUGACGACCGAUGUUGAUGAUGACAGCGAUGACGACACUGUCGCACAAUAUUUUGGUGAUGAUGAAUACACAUUGACCCGGGAGCAAGCAGAAGCAGGGCGAGGAAACGAUAUGAGUCCAUUUCACCCAGGUUUUAACGAACUAAGAAUUCCGGGAGAAUCGCGCCCGCCUUCGCCCGCCGGUAUGGAAGGCUUCUUGUCGCCCAGUCGUGCUUUGGCUGAUUCUGCGAAUUGUUUCGGCUCUACCUCUGUUCUCUCCUUGGGAUCAGUUGUUGGUGGUAAGAGAGACUUUAAGCUCCAGAAGGUGGAUCCAUUCUUCACCGACAGCAAUGGCGAAUUUUACAGGGCAUUCGAAAAGAAAUUGGAAGAUCUUAAUAGCCAUAACUCAGAAUCUGAUCUAUGUAUCGAAGAUUACUUGGUGAAAAGUGAAAAGAAAUGGUUCAAUCGAUUCAGAGAUGCUCGUUUACGGCCUCCACCAAGACAAAGCCGAUCACAUUGCUCACUGGUGAAGUUGGCCCAGAGUGCCACGAAACUGUAUGCUGUCGCGACCACUUAUCUCAUCACCUCUAUCAUCUGGUGGUUUAUUUUCCGCUGGUUCAAAUCUGUUAUCCCUCUUUCUCUUCCAUUUUUCUUUUACGGCCUUGCGUUCAUGUUUAUUGGGGUUGCUCAUUUUGCUCCGACCGAUGAUGGGGUUGGUUGGAUCCAGAACAUCGGAGCGGCGUUGUACGCAGCGGCAUCAUCCAGCGGUUCUAUUUUUUUCGCGCUCAACUUUGGCGACGAAAGUGGAGCGCCUGUUAAGGAUUGGGUUUUCCGUGCUUGCGUCAUACAAGGCACCCAGCAGAUAUAUGUCGUUGCCCUUUGGUACUGGGGUUCUAAGUUAACAAAAAACAUUGCCCUAGGGAUUAUUGACCCGGAUCCUAUAUCGUCUACAUGGAAGUUGACAAUUUUUUUCUCAGCUCACCUUACGGUCGAAACUGGUCCUUACCCUCCUACAGCAACUGACGUUUGGCUCAUCAUUGCAAUUUAUUUAGGAGCUCCUCGAUGGGCACAGAUCUGGUGGGGCACCAGCGGAAUCGGCCAACACGUUCCCUGGGCAGGCGGUUAUUUGCCAGGAGCGUUGAUAUCAAGAAGUCUAUGGCUUUGGCUAGGAGUUCUCGACUCCAUGCAAGGUGUCGGAUUCGGCAUGAUUCUGUUGCAAACACUUACCCGAUUCCACAUCUGCUUCACUCUCCUUGCAGCACAAUUUCUAGGAUCCAUCGCAACUAUGUGCGCUCGCGCAUUUUCGCCAAACAGAAUUGGUCCUGGUGAUGUUCACCCUGAUAUAUCUGGGGGAAUCGACACUAUUUGGAACGCUUGGUUUUGGAUUUGUCUAUUUUGCCAAUUGGCUUUGUGUUCACUUUUGUUUUAUCCUCAGCUGACCCUUUUUGUGCCAAGAAAGGAUUUGAGUCAGGUGACCUCCACUAGUGUAGUUCAGGCUGUCAUGGCUAUCUCUGUGAUAGGCAAAUUUAAUUAUCAGAUUGCCGCUACCUUUGCAAUAAUUAUAGGGACAAUAUCUACCGUAUUCUACAAACCUCUCGUCACCAAGAUACAUACUCUUCACAAUCUACCAGGGGAAUGGCAUCCGUUUGACGGCGGAUCCGCUGACAUCCGCUUCUCGGAUACCAUCAAAUUCUCGGAAGAUAUUGUCAUCGACAAUGAUCGCGGCAUCGCGAUAAUUAGCUUUGAUCCCGGAAGGUCGGGAUGGAAUACUGUUAUGGUGAAUACGGUAUUCGAUAUCGACUAUGACCUUUAUCAAGCAAAGUAUAUUACGACAGUAUCUGAUAACAAUGAGACCAUUGUUUCGCCAAACUCUAUCGCACCGGUUUCUUAUACCCAGUUCUAUGUUACGAACGACCAUCACUAUCUUGCGAGGACAAGACCGUUACUCAACAAAAUUGAAACAUACUUUUCUAUGCCAUGGGGCUGGGUCACGUUUGUGGAUUUCUCUUCCACCGAACACCUUAAGUGCGAAAUAGUGGCUACGAACAUCUCAUUUGCGAACGGGAUCGUGAUGACGCCAACUGGCAAAGAGGUCGUCGUGGCUUCUUCAGGGCACGAUGCCGUCUACAUUUAUCAGCGAGACUCGGAGACCAAUUCUCUAUCUAGUACCCAUGAAACUGUUCACGUCAAUUUCCAUCCCGACAACGUCAAUUUCGACCACUCUCUCGUUAUUUCUGACCCCACUGUGUUCGACGCGGACGGGAGGUUCCUUCGCGGGCUGACUGUCGGUGGCCAUCCAUCCAUAAUCAAACUCGUUCAAGCGGUCCAUAAUCCAGAGUCUGUUAAGGCGCCUUCAUGGGUUGCUGAGAUACGACGAGGCGCUGGAGUAGAUCCGGCGCCGUGCCCUGCUGCGCCGCAGCAGCCAAAGUUUUAUGCGCGAACAUUGUAUCAAAGCAAUGGAUCAGCAUUUUUCGACCAGCGCUACAGGGGCUCUAGAUUCCAAACGAGGCCGUUUACUGAUUGCUUCUUUAUACGGGAAAGAUGGAAGCGACUUUCAAGAGGGGAUAGUGCAUUGGCAAGAGGAUUAUUUAAAUGGAACUGGUCGGACUUGGACUCCAAAGCCACAGCCGAUCAUGUGUUUUAA